AAAGGAAAUUUAAUAAAAAGUUUUAUGUUUAAAAUAUUGAAUUAAAAUUACUAAAGAGUAGAAAAUCUUAAUUGAGUUAUUUUGAGGUCGAUGAAAAGGUGGGUCUUAAUAAUAUAGUCUUGUGGUUGUACUUGUACAAUUUUACAUUGCACACGAUGAUAAUAUGGGCAGGGUGGUUUACCGAAAUAAACCGAAAACCAACGAAAUCAUACGAACUUAACUUGUAAUAAUUCGUUUGCGCGCCAGUCGACAGUCUUUCGUUGUUACUCAUUGUGCGAGCUUCAAAUAUAAGGGUUAAUAUUUUUCAGGGGUUAAUAACUUGGGGGGGUUUUAUUGAUAUACAUAAAUACUAAAAGUAAAACAGUGAUUUAAUUGAAAAAUUAAUUAUACAAUUUUUUAAAAAUAUUUAUUAUAUAUUUGUGAUUAUUUGAAUAUUUUUUAUUACAAAAAAAAUGUCACGUUAUUUAUCAUGUCAGUGGUUAAAUUUAAAAAAUAAUAAAUAUAACGUACAAAAUUGUGAAUUAAAUACGCGCGGUAUUCAAUACCACGUGGAGUUAUUCCUCGUGUUUUUCAGUAUUAUUAUACUACUUAUACCCAAUUGUACAGCUUCAUAUGAGAUGCAAGGACCAAAUUUUGUUGUUGAACCACAAUCAAGAGUUGAAUUUACAAAUGUCAAUGGUGGAAUUGUUGAUUGUACUGUUAGAGGUAAUCCAGAACCAACAGUUGAAUGGUUGGGUGCUGAUGGUGGUGGUGUUGCAACAAUACCAGGUAUAAGAAUUGUUUAUGGUAAUGGUACAAUACAUUUUCCGGCAUUUGAAGCUGAGGCAUUUCGUCAAGACGUACAUUGGGCUAUUUAUAAAUGUACAGCAAUAAAUAGUGUUGGUGCUGUUGUCAGUAGAGAUGUCACUGUACGAGCAGUGGUUAACCAGCGUUACGACCCUGAAGUCCAAAGUCUGGGUGGUUUCCUGAGUAACAAUGUACUUAUGCGAUGCAAUGUUCCUAGCUUCGUGCGAGAUCACGUGACUGUUACAUCUUGGCUUCAAGAACCUUCAUUUAAUAUUUAUCCAUCAAUUGUGAGUGAUGGUAAAUAUCACAUGCUACCAAAUGGCGAUUUGAUGAUAAUCAAUAUAACAAGAAGCGAUGCUCAAAUGACAUACCGUUGCAGAACACAUCAUCGUUUGACACAAGAAACACUUGUCAGUAGAAAUAUUGGACGUGUACAAUUAACUGAGGUACGGGGUUCAACACCACCAAUACUGAAUGAAAAGCUGCUUACUAUGUCAGGUCGCCUAGAGGAUACUGUUGUAAUACCAUGUGUAGCAUAUGCAAAUCCUCCUUCUACGAACAGGUGGUAUUUUCGUCGUGAUCAACGUGAAGAACCAAUUGAUGAAUUAUCAAAUCAUUGGACAAUGCAUAAUGGCUGUUUGACAAUACAAGGUCUUCAAGAAUCUGAUGCUGGUUCAUAUAUUUGUUCAGCAAGUAAUCCAGAGGGUAGUGCUAAUUUAGAAGUUAGACUUAGUGUUAUUGCACCAUUGAGUGUUCAUGUACAACCAUCAGUACAAACUAUUGAUCUUGGUAAACCAGCUUCACUUACAUGCAGUGCAAGUGGUUUUCCCCAGACAGCAUUCUAUUGGUUAAAAGAUGGUCAGCCACUUCGUACUGGUGAUCAUAUCAGUUUAUUGUCACGUGAUAAAAUUUCAGUGAGUUCUGUCGCACGUGAAGAUCGUGGUAUGUAUCAGUGUUUUGUCAGAAAUGAACAUGAAAUGGCACAAGGAAUUGCAGAAUUACGUCUUGGAGAAAUAUCACCACAAUUAGUAUAUAGAUUUAUUGAACAAACAAUGCAACCAGGACCAUCAGUUUCAUUAAAGUGCAGUGCAGCUGGUAAUCCAACUCCUCAAAUAAGCUGGCUUCUAGACGGAUUCCAUUUGCCUCAGCAUGACAGACUUCUCAUUGGACAAUAUGUAACGGUCUAUGGUGAUGUUAUAUCACAUGUAAAUAUAACAUCAGUUAAAUCAGAAGAUAGUGGUGAAUAUCAAUGCACUGCAUCAAGUCGUGCUGGUGAAGCAUCUCAUUCAGCAAGAUUAAAUGUUUACGGAUUACCCUAUGUACGACCAAUGCCUGCAGUAUCAGCAAUUGCUGAACAACAAUUGCAAAUUAAAUGUCCUGUUGCUGGAUAUCCAAUUGAGUCUGUAACUUGGGAAAAAAAUGGUACGAGAUUACCAACAAAUAUGCGUCAAAGAGUUGUUAAUGGAACACUUACAAUUGAAACUGUUCAACGAAAUGCUGAUCAAGGAACUUAUACUUGUAUUGCAAGAAAUAAACAUAAUUAUACUUCUCAUCGUACUGUUGAUGUUCGUGUAUUAGUGCCACCCAAAAUCACGCCUUUCAAUUUUGCUCGCGAUUUAAAUGUAGGUGAUCGUACAAGUAUACAAUGUGUUGUUGUUACCGGUGAUCUACCAUUAACAUUUACAUGGUUAAAAGACAAUAUUAAAAUUAUCAGCCAAGAUGUUGAUAUUAAUGGAGGAAUUAAUGGAAAUACAAUAAUAUCUGUAAAUGAACAGAAAAAUAUGGAUACAAUAUGGGGUAAUAUGAAGAUAACAAAUAAUCCAAGUGAUACAAUCAACAUACGUCAAUAUGAUGCAUUUACAAGUGCACUUAGUGUUAGUACAAUAACACCAGGACAUAAUGGUACUUAUACCUGUCGCGUGACAAACGGUGCAUCAACUGUCAAACAUUCUGCACUUCUUCUCGUCAACGUUCCACCACGAUGGAUUGUCGAGCCUAUCGACCAGAAUGCCAUUGUAGGUCAUGCUGUCUCUGUCGCUUGCCAAGCCGAGGGAUUUCCGAUUCCAACUGUGACGUGGAAGCAAUCUGUCGGUGAAACACCGGGUGAUUAUCGCGAGCUUGGUUACGGUGGUACUGAGGGUAUUGGUGUAUCUAAAAAUGGCUCUUUAGUUAUUCCAAAAGUAUCAAGAGGACAUGCUGGUUUUUAUCUGUGCCAAGGAAGCAAUGGUAUUGGGCCUGGUCUGAGUAAACUAAUUCGACUAACAGUUCAUGCUGGACCAAAAGUUGAAGUUAAGACACGUCAAGAAUCUGCUAGAAGAGGUGAAACAGCAAUUUUACGAUGUGAUGCAAAAGGUGAUGCACCAUUAGAAAUCAAUUGGCGAAAUCGUGCUGGAAGAAUUGAACCAAUUUAUGAUUUAAGAUAUACAUUGGAAAAUAAUCCAAGGGAGGAUGGUUUAUCAUCGGAACUGCGGAUAAUUAAAACCGGCCACGAAGACCGCGGUGAAUAUAUAUGUACUGCAAGCAAUGCAUAUGGUGUUGAUAAAGUUACAAUUCAUUUGCUUGUACAAGAACCACCAAAUUUUCCACGUAAUUUACAUGUUGCUGAACAAAAAAGUCGUUCAAUUCUUUUAGCCUGGUCAUCACCAUCAAGUGAUUCAGAUUCUCUUAAUCCAGAUUCACCAAUAACAAAUUACAUUGUUCAGUAUAAAGAAGUUGAUGCAUCUUUGUAUGUAUCGGAAGAUAUGUGGCAUGACCACAACACUCAGCCAGUUGCCGGUGACAACACGAUUGCUUUGGUAUCCCAACUAAAACCAGCAACAUCAUACCAUUUUCGUGUAUUUGCUGAAAAUCAUCUAGGAACAUCAGCACCAAGCGACAUACUUCAUGUCCAGACAGAUGGUGAAAUUCCCAGUGGACCACCAAAACAGGUCAUAGUUGAGCCAUUAGGAUCCCAGCAGUUAAAGAUCACCUGGCAACCACCAGAUCGAUCACUCUGGAAUGGUGAACUACUUGGAUACACAAUUACAUUUACAGUAUUGGGCAGUGAAGAUCAAAUGACAAAUACGACACGUGUUGGUAUCUCAAGUAAUGGAGAUGGAUCAUAUGAAUAUCGUUUAAAUGGAUUGCAAAAAUAUACGGAAUAUAGUAUUGUUGUCAAAGCAUUCAACAACAAAGGUGAUGGUCCUGGUUCUGAUCCUGUUGUUACACGAACUUUAGAAGCUGUUCCGAGUUCACCACCUCAAAACAUAGCUUGUGCUGCAUUAACAGGACAAAACAUACAAGUUACAUGGAAACCACCACCGUCAAACAAAGUACAUGGUAUUAUCAAAGGCUAUAAACUAUUUUAUGAAACAACAAAUGGCGAACCAAUGGAGAUGCAAAGUUCACGUGAUACUAAAGUUACACAAGCUUUGAGUACAGUACUUCAUGAUCUUCGUCCGUAUACAAAUUAUAGUGUACAAGUUUUAGCAUAUACACGUGCUGGUGAAGGUAUCACAAGUAAUGCAAUAUCAUGUACAACUGAAGAGACAGUACCUGAUGUUCCUGAAAAAGUUAAAUCAAUACCAACAAUUGAUAAUACUGUUAUUAUAUCAUGGUUACCACCAAAACGACCAAAUGGUGUUAUAACAAAAUAUACUGUUUAUAUUCGUGAAUUGGAUCAUGGCCAAGAAGUCAAAAUAAUUAAAGACUUUUUACCGGCUCAGAGUUUAUACUACGAAGCAAAUGGAUUAAAAUUACGUGAAUCUUAUGAAGCAUGGGUCACUGCCUCGACAAAAGUUGGUGAAGGAUCAAGUACACCAGUGAUUAAAUUACAACCAAGUUCUACGGUUCCAGCUGCAAUUAUAUCAUUUGGAAUGCCAAUUGUAACUCCAUGGAGAAUUGAUGUUAAAUUACCUUGUUUGUCUGUUGGUUUGCCAAAACCAAUACUUGAAUGGCGUCUUGGAGAUAUUAAGCUACAAAAACAACCAAGACUUGAUUUUGACGCAGACAAUACAUUAUUAUUACGAAAUGUUCAAAGAAGUCAGGAAGGAAAUUAUUCUUGUCAUGUUAAAAAUUCUCUUGGAUUUGAUGAAAUUGUUUACAGCCUACAAAUUCAAGUUCCACCAACACCACCAACACUUAUUGCAACAGGAACAACAACUGAUGCUGUACAAUUACAAUGGAAACAAGGUGAUAAUGGUGGUUCACCAAUAAAAGGUUUUGUAUUAGCUUUCAGAAAAGAAUUUUCUGAAUGGGAAGAAGUGACAUUGGAUCGUCAUAUAAGUACCCAUUUAUUAACUGGAUUACAAUGUGGUACAAAAUAUCAAUUUACACUUGUUGCAUUUAAUCGUAUUGGUAGUGGAAGUGCAAGUAAAGUUGAAAGUUCACGAACAAAAGGCUCAAAGCCAAUACAACCACAUAAAAAUCAUUUAAUACGUACAAAUAUAACAUCUGUAUUAUUGGAGUUAUCAUCAUGGCAAGAUGGUGGUUGUCCAUUACUUUAUUUUGUUGUUGAAUAUAGAAGAUUACCUGGUGAUUGGCUUUUAGUUUCCAAUAAUGUAUCACCACAGCAAAAAUUUUCAAUCGUUAAUUUAGACAGUGGUACGAGUUAUGAAUUACGAGUAACAGCAUACAAUAAUGCUGGAUCAACACAAGCUGAAUAUUUAUUUAAUACACCAAUGCCAGGUGGUAGUACACGUAGUAGAGAUAGAAUAAAUCAAGGUGUUCAAGUUGUACCAUUAUAUCUUGAUGCACAAGUUUUAGCACCAAGUUUAAUUUCACUUAUUGCUGUAACACUUGUUGUUGCUGGAGUUUGUUUUUGUUUACGUACACAUUCAUUGAGAGGAAGAGAAACAAAUGAUCCAAAUUCUCAAAAUCAAGCUGCACUUGAUAAUAAACAUAAUAUGGAACAAAGAGAACAAUUUUAUGCAACUGUACGUAAACCUGGUCAACAAUCACCAUGUCGUGAAAUGAGUGCACUUGAACGUAUACCAGAAUACUCGGAAGAUAUUUAUCCAUAUGCAACAUUUCAUUUGCCAGAACAAGAAAAUUUAUCUGGUAAUCCAGUUAGACAAGCAUAUUUUUAUGAAAGAAGUGAUACAAUGUUACAAAGUUCCCAGAAUAAUGGUUUUUUUGUAAUCAAGUGCGAUAUGGAUCAGUAUACAAAAAUACGUGGUCGUUCACGAAGAAAAUCAAAAUCAUUUAAAUCAGAAUCUGAAGAGUAUGAUACACUUGGAUCAGAUAGUGAUACUGAAGUUGGAACAAGUAGCCGAACAGAAUCAUCAAAUCAUAUUGAAGAUACAACACCAGCAUCAAUGUUAACACGUUCACCUGGUUCAAAUUCAGGUCCAUUGAGAGGUCGUGAUCAACGACUAACCGUAUUUCCAAGGCCGGUUCAUCAUAAUAUGCUGUACCACACGAACGAAUCAAGUACAUCAACAGAGCCGUCACCAAUUUCUGAGAGAAAAACAUUUCCACGUCUUGAUAAACAACGAAUUCGUGAUAUAACAGAUGAUCCAUCAGUAACUAGUUCACAUUUUCAAAAUAUCAUUCGACCAAUACCAAAAACAUCUGAACGUUCAUUUACAGAAACAACAACAACAACAAAAUCAUCAUCACCAUCAUCACCAAAUCACAUGAAAAUAAUAAAAAAAUCAAAUGAAAUAAUCAAAAAAACUGAUUUACAAAGAUCAGUUGAAUCAUUACAAAAUGAUUAUCAAAAAAUUAAAAAUUUUAAUCGUAAUACUAGAUCACGUAUUAAUGAACGUAAAAAUAAUAAUUGGGGCAAUGAAUUAUCAACACUUGAAUUAAAACCACCAAGUGGUUUUACAGAUCCACGUGAAACAAGUGAAGCUGAAUGUGACAUUGAUAUGAAAUUAAAAAUACAUCGUAAAUCUCCAUCACAUACAAAUUCAUUGUCAAAAUCAUUAAAAGACUUUACAAUCACUGUCUAAUUGUUCUAAAUGUUAAAGACUUAAAAAUUAUUAUUAUUGUCAUUAUUACUAUGUUUAAUAAAGUGCUAAAAUCCAAAAUAAAUAUUAAAUAAAU